AUGUCGUCAGCAAAAGUUAAAAGUAGUCGUUCAUCGGCUCAAAAUGUUGAUUCACCAGGUAUUCGAAAAAUUCAUAGUCGUCAUACAUGGAAAUUGGAAAGUAUAAGUCAUGGUAAAGGACAACCAGUAUCACGAAAAGCUGUUCACCAUGUCAUAGAUGAAGUAGCUAAACGAAAGGAAAAAUUUCAUUUUUCAAAACAAGAAAUUGAAUCACUUUGUACCAUAUUUCGUCAUUUGACUAAAAGUGGUGAUAAAGAAAAAAUUGAUCGAAAUCGUUUUCGUGAUAUUCUACAUAAUACAUUUGAUAUGACUGAUGAUAUUUUAAUGGAUAGAGUCUUCAAAGCAUUCGAUCGUGAUAAUGAUGGGCAAGUAAGCAUGCUUGAAUGGGUUGUUGGACUUAAUACAUAUUUACGUGGAACAUUAGAUGAAAAAAUUGCUUUUGCUUUCACUUGUUAUUCACUUAAAGGUGAAAAACAUAUAACCCGUGAAGAAAUUUUUCAAUUACUCAAAAGUAGUGUUCUCAAACAAGCUGGCGAUGAAGAUCCAGACGAAAGUAUUAAAGAAUUAGUUGAAAUAACAUUAAAAAAAAUGGAUAAAGAUCAUGAUAAUCGUUUGGGUGAUAAUGAUUUUUCGCAAUCUGUUCGUGAAGAUCCUCUACUUCUUUCAUGUUUUGGUCAAGUAUUUGCUAAUGCAAGAAGAAAAACUGAUUUUGAACAAAUACUUGAGCAUAUGUCUGAACAAGUUGUAUUCGGUCAAACGUUUACACAACAACAAUUAGCAGCCAUGUUCGAUUAUUAA